AGCCUGACGCCCGUGGAGGGACACCCAUCAGCCACGACCCGUCCUGACUUGGCGAAGCGGGUGCUCGGCGGGACAGGGAGCAGCGGCAGAAAUACAUGCAGGAUCCGAACCUGCAGAGUUGGACCUCUGAGGGAGGAGAGAUCUGCACAGUCUGGGAGAGCUGUUCCUGUCCUUCGUUAAGUAUAAUUGCAGGUUAAUAAAGAUGGGGUCAGUCUCUGCUCUCCGGCAGAGACACACAGUCCUGAUUCCUCAUCCCUCCUUGGGUCACCAGGUCUGUAAUUGGCCCCUGGGGUGCAUGAAUGUGGCUUGGGGGUUUUCCAAAGCAAAGCCUGGUCUUUGAAGACUCAAGUGGAAGUGGGACAGGGGAGGAGGGGACACCGGCAUGUACCUGGCACAGGUGGAAUGUGCUGGGAGUAGCCACAGAGGCUGGAACUCAGUGCUGGCAUUCCAGACCCUGCCACGAUCCUUCCAAGGUGCUCCUGCAGGAGGGAUGGCUCCGGAGCCUUGGGCUCCUCCAGAGGCCAGAGGCUCUGUCACGGCUCCCAAACGGCUGGAGGACAGCGAACGUGGUUUGCAGGCAGUGUCUGUGGAGUGAAAUGGCACGGCAGGCACUAACGCUGGCACUCUGCCUGUCCCUGUGUGCGGUGGCAUCUGCCGACUGUGUCACCCAGUGUUCCCUCUGCACAGCCCAGACCCGCGGCACCGAGAGCAGCGUUCGGCCCCUGAUGUGCCUGUGGGAAUGCCAGGGCUUCUUGUCACCCGGCCCUCAGUGGGAGAUGUGCAGGAAGGCGCUGGCGCUCCUGGCCCCGCUGGUGGCCCUGGCUGAAGGGACAGACCCGUCCCCACAAGAGGCAGAGGAGAAUGAGGCGGAGCCGGAGCAGGAUCUGGGCCCUGCGGAGCUGCCGCUGGCACCGGCCAAGCGCUAUGGGGGCUUCAUGAAGAUGAUGUCCAAGGGGAAGCUGCUGUCCCUGCUCCGCGAGAAUGCUCACAGCAAGGGAGGCCUCAGCAAGAAGUUCGGGGGCUUCAGCCGCAAGCCGGGGGAGCGAGCGGCCCCUGAGGACUACCCGGGGCCGGCAGGUGAUGGGGAUGAAGAGCCCACGGGUGCUGGGGCCGAGGGGCAGGAGCUGGCGCAGCUGCACAAGCGCUACGGGGGCUUCCUGCGCCGCAUCCGGCCCAAACUCAAGUGGGACAAUCAGAAGCGCUACGGGGGCUUCCUGCGGCGUCAGUUCAAGGUGAUCACGCGAUCGGACGAGGACCCCAGCGUCUACUCAGAGGAGGUCUCGGACCUAUAGAGCCAGGCAUGGGAUGGCAGGACCACGGUCCCCACAUUGCCACCCUGACUGUGCCACCCACCCCAGCCCCGUCCCCUGCCCAGCCUGGUGUGGCUGGUGUCACCCCUGCCUCAUUCCCCCAGGGGACCACGGGUCCCAUCCCCAGUUGUCCCUCUCUGGUUCACUUGCCCAUCCUGUGCAUGGAAGGGACAGUGCCACUCCUCCAGCUGCUGGCGGUGUGGCUGUGGCCCAGCCCAGGGCUCCCGGGGGCAUCUUGCUGGGCACACGUAUCCUCCAUCCUCCCGUGGCUGCUGGAGCACAGCACGGUCUGGAAACCAUCACAGACUGAUGAUGGCCAAGGCAGUGGCCUCUGAGCAGCAGGAUGAGCCAGGGCAGGAUCAGGGAAGCAGCUGCCGUGGCCAUGGGCAGAGGUGGCUGGCAGAACCACAGCACCACCACCGGGUGCUCAAGCAGUGCUGAGCCCAGCCCCUACUCCCCUCCCCGAGCCUCUCACAGUGUCCAAAUAAUCCCAGCACCCACCAGGUGCCCCUGGACUCCCCCUCCAAGAACGACCUCAGAGGCAGGGUCAACCCCAUACCCCAACACCCAACCCCUCCCUCCCCCCCGCAGUCAAUAAAAGGCAGAUGCCAACAAAGCUGAA